AUGCUGGCCAAAGGGCCCCUGCAGGGCGUCCAAGUCUUCAGGCGGAAGAAAACAGCUACAGCUGUUGCUCACUGCAAAGGAGGAAAUGGUCUCAUUAAAGUGAAUGGAAGACCCCUGGAAAUGAUUGAGCGAACCCUGCAGUACAAACUGCUCGAACCUGUUCUCCUCCUGAGCAAGGAACGCUUCGCUGGUGUUGACAUCAGAGUCCGUGUCAAGGGUGGCGGCCACGUAGCACAAAUCUAUGCAAUUCGUCAAUCUAUUUCCAAAGCAUUGGUGGCUUAUUAUCAGAAGUAUGUUGAUGAAGCUUCCAAGAAGGAAAUCAAGGACAUCUUAAUCCAGUAUGAUAGGACCUUACCGGUUGCAGAUCCUCGUCGUUGCAAGUCCAAGAAGUUUGGUGGACCUGAUGCCCAUGCACACUACCAGAAGUCUUACCAUUAAAA